AUGGACUUUGAAUUAGAGCCUACUUUAGAGCUGAUUGUGGAGCAUGACUCCCUCAAAUGGAUCUUUGUAGGAGGAAAGGGAGGUGUUGGUAAGACUACGACAUCAUCUUCGAUAGCAGUCCAAUUGGCACUUUCAAAACCAAAUGAUCAGUUUUUGCUCAUUUCCACGGACCCAGCCCACAACUUGUCCGAUGCUUUCUGCCAGAAAUUCGGCAAGGACGCUAGACCCGUCGAGGGCUUGCCAAACUUGUCGUGUAUGGAAAUCGACCCAGAAGCAGCCAUGUCUGAUUUACAGCAACAGGCAUCGCAAUAUAACAACGAUCCCAGUGAUCCUAUGAAGAACAUAAUGAACGAUAUGACUGGGUCGAUCCCCGGUAUUGAUGAGGCAUUGUCGUUCAUGGAAGUUCUCAAGCAUAUCAAGAAUCAAAAGGCAUCAGAUGGAGAUUCUGAUGAAAAGACCGUGGCCUACAAAACCAUUAUUUUCGAUACUGCUCCUACAGGACACACGUUGCGUUUCCUUCAGUUGCCAGCUACACUCGAAAAGCUCUUGGGCAAGUUUAAGCAGUUGUCCGGUAAAUUGGGACCCAUGUUGAACAUGUUGGGAGGUGGUCAACAGCAAGACAUCUUUGAAAAGAUGAACGAGAUACAAAAGAAUGUCAGCGAGGUCAAUGAACAGUUCACGAACCCUGACUUGACCACGUUUGUCUGUGUGUGUAUUUCCGAGUUCUUGUCGUUAUACGAGACCGAGAGAAUGAUCCAAGAGUUGGUGUCGUACAACAUGGAUGUCAAUAGUAUUGUGGUGAACCAGCUUUUGUUUGCCGAUAACGAUGGCAGCUGCAAACGGUGUGCGUCCAGAUGGAAGAUGCAGCAAAAGUAUUUGGAUCAAAUGGCUGAGCUCUAUGAAGAUUACCAUGUUGUAAAGAUGCCAUUAUUGGGUACUGAAGUGAGAGGUAUUGACAAUUUGAAGAAGUUUAGUAAGUUUUUGCUUUCACCAUACGACCCAGAAAAGGAUGGUUCGUUGGUUUUUGACAUGGAAGAAAAAUAA